AUGAUUUUAAUUGAUUCAGUUAAAUCCUUUGAUGAAUCGAUGAGAGAACCGAAUAAUGAAUCUCCAAUAGUUGUAAUCAAUGUUAGUGGACGUCGAUAUGAAACACGAUUAUCUACUCUCGAAAAUUUUCCCGAAACCCUUUUGGGUAAUGAAAGUAAACGGCAACGUUUCUGGCUUAACGAACGGAAUGAAUACUUUUUCGAUCGACAUCGAGGUUGUUUCGAAUCUAUCUUGCACUACUAUCAAUCAAAUGGACAACUUCGUCGACCAGAUACUAUCUCAUUAGAUAUAUUUCUCGAAGAGGUUUCGUUUUUUCAAUUAGGUCCAAAAGCAUACGAUCAAUUGAAGGAAUCAGAAAAUAUACAUGAAUUAAAAAGUCCACCCAUGCCAAAAAAACAUUGGCGUAAAGUUCUUUGGUGCCUUCUGGAACAUCCUAAAAGUUCAAUAUGGGCUACCUUAAUUACUAUCAUUACAAUGAUUUUUACUGUGCUCUCUUGUCUUGUAUUGGCUCUUGAAACUUUGCCGAUGUUUGCUAGCUAUUCACUAUAUGCUUGUCUCCAACAAGCAAAUCUUCCUGCCAACUCAACAUUGAUUCCAAUUUGUUCACAAGUAUUCCAGUCACCAUUUUUCAUUAUUCAAACUAUUUGUGUUGCAUAUUUUACAAUCGAAUUUCUACUUCUUUUGAUUAGUACUCCAUCUUAUAAACGUUUUUUUUUGUCGUUUUACACUUAUGUUGAUUUAGCAUCUAUUAUUCCUUACUUUGUUCGCUUAGGUUAUGCAUUAAAUAAUACAUAUGUGCAUAUAGACCAGGACACUGCAACUACUCUAGACGUUUUACUUUUAAUAAGUUUAUUUCGUAUAUUAAAAUUGUUUCUUAUUUUUAAAUAUUUGAAAGCAUUGCGUACUGUUGGUACAACUAUUAAAGAAUCAUUUGUCGAUUUUAUUGGAGUAUUUGCCGGUAUAAUUCUUUUGGCAUUUCUAUUUGGAGCAGCGUGUUAUGUUGCUGAAGUUAAAGACAAUAGAGCAACGUUCAGUUCGAUUCCGAAAUCAUUAUAUUGGGGAAUAAUCACAAUUAUGACUAUUGGCUAUGGAGAUAUGUAUCCGAUAACAACUGCUGGUCGUAUGAUAGCUUGCGGGUGUGCCUUGGCUGGUGCAGCUAUAAUUGGUAUGCUCGUUUCAGUUAUAGUCGAUCAUUAUCAACGUGCUUUUAAUCGAAAGACGUUAUAUAAUGAAAAGCAAAGAUAUUCAAAAACUGGUACUACGAUUGCACCAGGAAGGUUUCAAUGGAAACCAUAUUCGUAA